CAUUGUUCACGAAUAGUUACUUUUCUCAUCCGUGUUUGUUGUUAAUAUCUAAAGGAAGGUUAAUAUUCUUCGUGAUAGAAAUCGAAUAAGCUAUUUUGAAUAAUCUACGUUUGCUAUAUCCAUCUGGCGAUGGGAGAGAACGAAGACUCUUACGAAAAAUUCUAUUCGGAACAGGACGAAACUAUUGACUGGACCAAGGAAGCCAACGGAGUAAUUCAAGAUAUCGCUCGUCACGCAAAGGAAGUUAAAAUUUCUGACCAGCUUCUGCCAACGGACACAGCUGCGUUUAUCAAUUUACGCACCUUGGAAGGUAUCGCAGUUUGCGUCAUGCUGAAUCAUGAAGGGCUUCAGAUUGUAAGCGAUCGAUUUGAUUGCAUGGACCAGCAGGAUCCGGAUAGCAUGAGAUUUGAAACACCCUAUUCGUUGCUUUCUCAUAUAAGUCCAGCGUAUGUCAACUCAUUUGGAAACUGUCUUGCGGAAGCACUAAGCAAGCAAUUGCAGGAUAGGUUAGCAGAUAACGGUAUCCAAGUGGAAAGUGAUGGUUUCGACUUGGAAGAUGGGAAGUAGUUUCUUAUAAGGCGUAUUAAAAUUCUGGUUAUGCUUUAAAAAGUUUUAUUUCGAUUUGUUUUACGUUACCUGAUGAAUCGAUAGGAAAUGUGAGUUUAAGCAUUAUAAAAAAUGUGCACUUUGUAAAUCGAACCAUAUUUAUUGAAAA